GAUUCUUUUCUGCCAUUAUCUUUYGUCGAAGAGAACACAGAACAAGAYCAUUCCAACUAUAGUUUUGAUAACCAUCAGCAGCAAUCCUCUCUUCCUGCUGACCAAUAUCACUAUCCGACGGAGUUCCUGUAUCGCUCGGGKAAGCAUUCUAUAUCGGAUACGUCCACGAUGACCACGGGGCUUCCUGUGAAUAGAAGUAACCAUGUCACAUCAACCGCGACAACAGUAGAACUUUCCGAGAUCCACCGUGUGYCGCCCGACACUACACUCGAGAGCCUAGUUGACCUCGGCAAAAUCCCGGAGACAUGUGCUUCUUCGUCUUURUCGUUGCCUCAAGGGGAGCAGAGAGAAYUGAAAAGAGAGAAAAAUAGUGCUUGUGGUGACGUUGAAAGCGAGCAGGAGAAUCAAUUAUCCGGAUCUGAUACAAACAAUCAAAGAUCCAGCUUGUUGGCCUUUGACGCGGGAACCUCAUCAGUUACGGAAAUCAUGACGGAUGAAGAUGAUAGAGAUGAUGAUGACCGCGAUAGUGCUGCUGGUCGUGAUGGACGURAAUCUGUUCAUGAGRAGAAUAAUGAGGGUAGACACGACGAGAAURAUAARUGGUGUGAAAUCAGAUCAGUCUUUAGGGAAGAAGAGGAACAGUCAAACAAAUGUGUAAAUGAUGUCCAUCUCGACUCCUCUGUCCCCUUUGAAACUAUUGAAGAKGGUAAUAUUAUGAUCAAGAACGAGUCGAAAGUAGAAAAUUUCAGAGAUGAAUCAUCACGGUCGUCACCUGUCAUUUUUCUKCUUGGUGAAGGUUCUCUAGUUGCGAUGGCGAGAAAAAAUGGUUCCUCGGCAGUUGAUUUGGAUUACAGCAGCUGCCUCUCGGAGGAUCUGACAUUCGCAUCAAGCAGUGAGAUCUAUGCGAAYGGUAGCAACUCGAGGGCAUCGUCGCCUUCUAUUGACGCAUCUACAAUUCUUGGGUCUAGUCUGCACCUUUCAGAUAAUGGUGAUGAUGACGUUGACGYUGAUGCUCAUGAAUGAUCUCACUGCAGAGUAAARGWUGAUUUCUUG